AGUUAAGCGCGAAGGGGAGGAGGUCGUGGAGUGGAUCCGCCAGACGGUGAAUGAGCGGAGCCUUGAUUUAAACCUGUGGGUUUCGGUAAGCCAAUAAUCCGACAGGCGACCAGGUGCGAUCGGGCAAAUGCACGACUAAGCGAGUGAGUUAAUUCACAAGGUUGGUGGGUUGCAGAGUUAGUUUCCGCCUGUGUCAGUGUGCUGGUGAUUGAAUCACUGCAUGAGUUCGCCGAACGCGCAUUAGCUCUGUACUGUCAUUUCAUCACCCAAAGAAAGUCUCGAGGAAGUGUCAAGACUCUUUGUUCAGGAAGAUCGUGCAUUCAGAUGUUUGGCAGGCAAUUUUGUUAACGUAGCUUUGGUAAACUAAUACGAUAAGUUUCUCUAGUAAAUGCCUACAUUUCUGAAGAAAUUAGUGACGAGUUAGUAGCACCGAACGCCGUUAGUGAACGAGUCAUUUGUGAAUUGGUUGUUAUUUUGUAUAAAAAAACGGGCUCAUAGCCCUUGAGUGAUUAUCUGUGAGCGUGUUUGUGAUGUAGUGAAUUGGUGCGUGGUAAAGUAAGCCGUGAGUGGAUUGGUAGUUAGUGAAUUAGUUAAGAUAGUGAGUGGAAUAUGUGUGGUGUGACUUCGGUGGAGAAUUUGUGCACGAGUGAAAUAGUGAACCGUGGCUGAUGUUGACGUUUGGGAAGUUAUUAAGAUCGUAAAUGAAAGUGUUCAUGUACGAGUGAGCCGCGUGGCUUUAAGGGUCAAUGGGGGCAAACCACUGAUUGAGCUGGCGUGCGAAUUAGCGAGUGAAUAGCCGAGGUUAUCCACAGUCGUUUAAUGAUUUAGCAGAGAGUGUGUCGAUAAACGGCUAUAAACCACUUGGCCAGGGUUAAUGGUUAUUAAGCCUGUUUAGUGAGCUAGUGUAUUAGUGUCAGUGAACAGGCCAGUUGAUGAGUAAGAAGAGAACACACUAAAAUGCGAGUGUAAGCUAGUGAGUGGGUUGGUUAAGCUUUAAUUUUGGCAAUAUGUAAUUCGACAAUUUGAUGUUUCAUCAAACAGUAAGCUAUCUAUAUUGCUUGUGAGAUAGCUCCUAUUCAUUUAUAAGAUACGCAUUUUCUAUAAUUGAAAAAGUUUGAGUUAGAGUCAUUGUAAGUUGACAUUAGCAAUGCCGUGAUUCUUUGGUGCGAUGCUGAAUGAGUGUUCGCCAUACUUAUUUAAUUUGUGUUUGAAUAACUGCUUUGUCAAGUGAAGUUCACAAAUAGCAAUUUUCAAUACACAAAAUAUCUACUGCUCUUUCUCCAAUAACUAUAAUAAUUACAAACAUCACAAUAUUAACGGUACAACUAGAGGCAAAGCAACACAAAUCACGGACGUGUGUCAGUUUAAAAUUGUACUUUAGAAUAAUCAUCUCAACUUGUUCACGAUUUUAAAUCGUUGAAAUCGUAAAAAAACAGUUGUAGUGACACGGGUAGAGAAACGGCGAGAAGGCCCUCGGCCAAGAUGCUCAAAUGGUGCAGACUGAAGCUGCGGGGCGAAUCCGGCCCCGGGGCCAGGCGCAGGAGAGACCGCCUAGUCUGCAAGGACGGACACUGCAACAUCGAGCUGGGAAACCUCAUGGCCGGCGGCCGGCCCCGCUUCGCCCUCCUCGUGGACUAUUGGACCACCAUGGUGGAGCUGCGGUGGCGCUACAAGACCGCGGCCUUCCUGCUCGCCUUCCUCGGCAGCUGGUUCCUCUUCGGGCUCAUCUGGUUCGCCAUCUGUCGCCUGCACGGGGACUUUCCCGGGUCGCAGCCGCCUCGAGACCACGUCCCCUGCGUCAUGAACGUCCACGGGCUCACCACCGCCUUCCUCUUCUCGCUCGAGACGCAGGUCACCAUCGGCUACGGCUACCGCUACGUGACCGAACGGUGCCCCGAGGCAGUCGCGCUGCUCAUCCUGCAGUCGCUCUCGGGCGUCGUCAUCAACGCGUUCAUGUGCGGCGCCGUCAUGGCCAAGAUCGCCGCGCCCAAACGCCGCGGCAAGACGGUGGCGUUCAGCGACCGCGCCGUGGUGUGCGUGCGGAGCGGGCGCCUCUGCCUCGUCAUCCGGGUGGCGAACGUGCGCAGGAGCCUCCUCAUCGGCUCGCACGUCUACGGCAAACUGCUGCGGACCACGCCGACCCAGGCUGGCGAGACGCUCAUCAUGGAGCAGAGGAACGUGAGCUUUUCCGUGGACGCGGGCGCAGGCGAUGCGCUCUUCUUCAUCGCGCCGCUCGCCAUCUACCACGUGAUGGACGAGUCCAGCCCGCUCUUCGGGCUGUCCCGAUCGGAUCUGCGCGGAGGAGAGACCUUCGAGCUCGUCGUAUUUCUGGACGGGACCGUGGAGGCGACGGGCGGAUCGUGCCAGGUGCGCACCUCCUACCUUCCAGACGAGAUCCUCUGGGGCCACCGCUUCCUGCCGAUCGUGUCGACCUCCAAAGACGGCAAGCACAGGGUCGACUUUGGCAACUUCAACAAGUCGGUGGAGGUGGACACGCCGCACUGUGCGACGUGCAUGCAAGGAGACCAGAGCGACGACAAGGUGGACAUUGGAAAUGUGGGAGAGGGACUGGAUAACCCAGCGUUUGAUGUGACUUCCGUGGUGGACGAGACGAAGAUGUGAAGGAUCAUCUUCAUCAUCAGCAGCAACAAAUGCAACAUCUUCAGCAGCAACAAAAUAAUCAUCAACAAUAGUAACAAAAAAUACCAAUCAACAGCACCACAAGCGUCAUCAUCAUUAGAUGUAGCAGUAAUAGCAGCAGCAGCAAUGUACAGUGAUGGAAAAAAGUAUUUGAUUUUGUACGUUUGCCUACUGACAAAUAAAUGAUC